CUGAAUAAUAAUUUCUAGAGAUGGCUGCUAAUAGUUAUGCACUACUUCAAGUGGUCACCAAAUGCUCUUUGCAGAAGCCUUCACGUCCAACCAAACUUGAGCACUCCAGGAAUCCACUCUCAUCUACUUUCAAGCCAAUAUUACUGAGGGAGUUGGACCAUUUUCCAAAUAUUUCAUUAGACGUUCCAAAAGCUAUCAAAGACAUUUCGUUCAAUUUAUUAGAAGCUUUUGUUGACUUUACAUGUGAAUUCGUUGACCAACCAUUGCUUCCAUCUAAGAGUAAUUUUGCACCGGUGGAAGAGAUGAUAGAAGGUACAACAGUAGGAAUAGUUGAAGGGAAAAUUCCAGAUGAUUUUCCAGAGGGUGUUUACGUAAGAAACGGGCCAAAUCCUCUAUUUGGAGGACUGAAAUCGACGAGAUCUAUAUUUGGUGAAUCGAGCCAUAUGUGGAUUGAGGGUGAAGGAAUGGUUCAUGCUCUCUACUUAAACAAAGAGAAUGGCGGAAAAUGGAAGGCGUUGUACAAGAACAAACAUGUCCAGACAGAUAGCUAUAAUAUGGAAAAGGAUCGAAAGAAACCAGGUUUUCUUCCUGCUAUUCAAGGCGAUUCUAACGCUAUACUCCUCUCCUACCUUCUAAAUUUGUUGAGGUUUGGUGUGACAGACAAAAGCCUGAGCAACAGUAAUGUGUUUGAACAUGGAAACAAAUACUACUCAAUUGCUGAGAACCAUAUGCCUCAAGAGAUCGACAUACAUUGCCUACAAACUAAGGGAAAUUGGAACAUUUUAAGUGGAUCUUGGAAUAGACCCUUCACAAGCCACCCAAAGAAAGCACCCGGGACGGGAGAACUAGUUAUAAUUGGUAUUGAUGGAAAAAAGCCUUAUAUGGAACUUGGUGUGAUUUCAGCCGAUGGGAAAAAAAUGGUUCACAAAGCGGAUCUCAUGUUCGAUAGAUGUACCGUUUGCCAUGAAAUAGGAGUUACACAAAGAUACAAUGUGAUCAUGAAUUUCCCGCUAAUAGUUGACAUAAGUCAACUUGUUCUUGGAGGCCAGUUAAUGAAGUUUGAAAAAGAUGGAUAUGCAAGAAUUGGGAUAAUGCCACGCUAUGGUGAUGCCAAUUCCAUCAAAUGGUUUGAGGUCAACCCUUGUAGUGUAUUUCACAUCAUUAAUUGCUUCGAACUUAAUGAUGAGGUGGUGGUGAGAGCGUGUGAAGCUCGUCAAUCAGUUAUACCAGGACCUAGUUCUAGCAUCAACCACUUUGACAAGUUCUCCAAAUGGUUGAAAAGGGAAACAAGUUCCACAAAUGGUGACUCUCAUGAGUUCACAAAAGAAUCAACUUUUUCUCGUGUUUGCGAAUGGAGAUUAAACAUGAAAACUGGACAAGUUAAAGAGAAGAAGAAUAUAUUUGGAGAUGAGUUUGUAAUGGAAUUCCCUUUCAUCAAUGAAAAGAUCUCAGGAUUUAGAAAUAAAUUUGCUUAUCUACAAGUUGUUGAGUCCACAGAGGUUUCUGGCUCAGGAUUCUCUAAAUUUGGUGGGAUAAUCAAGGUUCAUUAUGAAGAAAAGAAAACCUUUAAUAAUAUGGAUGAAGAAGAUGAAUUGAUUAAAUCAGAAUAUCACUUGUUCCCAAAGAAUACAUUUUGUUCAGGAGCUUCAUUUGUUCCAAAACCUGGAGGCAUCGAUGAAGACGAUGGUUGGAUCAUUACAUUUACACAUAACGAAAAUGAGAAUAUUUCUCAAGUUUAUAUAAUUGAUGCAAAGAAAUUUACGGAAGAGCCAAUUGCUAUUAUAACUUUAUCGAGUAGGGUGCCAUACGGAUUUCAUGGAGCUUUCAUGCCAUUAACGUCUUAA